AUGUUGUUCGUACCCUGUACGCUGCUCCUGCUGGGGCUGUGGGACAUUACGGCGAUCGACGCCAAGAGUUCGUUCAUAAACCCGUACCCCCGGUUUAAGGCUAUGCCACACGCACCACACGAAGACGUCGGCGAGCCCCUGUUCCUGACGCCCUUCAUCGCCAACAAAUCGAUCGAAGCAGGCCGGCAAGCGGCUCGUGUGACCCAUUCCGCCAUUCCGGCGGACGUUGAGAGCUACUCGGGAUACCUGACGGUGGACGAGGCGACCAACUCGAACCUCUUCUUCUGGUACUUUGCGGCCAAGCUGGACCGCGAAGCACCGGUCGUGCUGUGGCUGCAGGGUGGUCCCGGAGCAUCGUCCCUGUACGGGUUGUUUACGGAAAAUGGGCCGUUCUCGGUGCGCAGUGACAUGAAGCUGCAGCCGCGCAAGUACAGCUGGCACCUGAACCACCAUCUCAUCUACAUCGAUAACCCUGUCGGGACGGGGUUCAGCUUUACCGAUAAGGAGGAGGGCUACUCGACGAACGAGACGCAGGUCGGUGCGAACCUUCACAACGCGCUGCAGCAGUUCUUUGCCCUGUUUCCCGAUCUGCAGCAGCACCCGUUCUUUGUGACGGGUGAAUCGUACGGUGGCAAGUAUGUGCCCGCCGUGGCCCAUACCAUCCACCGGCAUAAUGCCGACGCGAAGGUGAAGCUCAACAUGCAGGGCAUUGCGAUCGGCAAUGGGCUGUGCGAUCCGUUCCAUCAGCUCGUGUACGGCGACUACCUGUACCAGCUGGGGCUGAUCGAUGGCAACACGCGCGACCAGUUCCAUCAGUACGAGGCGAAGGGCCGGGACUGCAUCAGCAAGAAGGACUUUGAGUGUGCGUUCGACGUGUUCGACGAGCUGAUCAAUGGCGACCAGUACCCGUGCGGCUCGCUGUUCAAGAAUGCGUCCGGCUUCACGACGUACUUCAACUACCUGCAGACGAGCCCCGAUCCGUCGGAUGAGUAUAUGGGCAAGUUUUUGCAGCUGGCGGAAACGCGCCGUGCCAUUCACGUCGGCAACAACUCGUUCCACGAUCUGGAGGGCGAGAACAAGGUCGAGGAUCAUCUGAAGCUGGACGUGAUGCAGUCGGUUAUGCCGUAUCUGAAUGAGCUGCUGCACUCGUACCGGGUGGUCAUUUACAACGGUCAGUUGGACAUCAUUGUGGCGUACCCGCUAACGAUGAACUACGUCACGAAGCUGAACUUCCCCGGCAUGGAAGAUUACAAGAAAGCCCCGCGGCACAUCUGGCGAGUGGACGGGGAGAUUGCGGGGUACGCGAAGGAGGCGGGCAAUCUGGUAGAGGUACUGGUACGCAAUGCUGGCCAUAUGGUACCGAAGGAUCGCCCGAAAUGGGCACUGGAUUUGCUGAUGCGCCUUACGCACGGUAAAAAGUACGGAAAGCAGUAAAGCCGUUCGUGUCGGAAGCAUUUGAGGAAUGGAAAAAGCUAAUAAAGGUGAUUAAAGUCGUUUAAAUGAA